GCUAGCUCGGGCCCGACCUGUCUUCCUCCUCAGCUCUUUCCGCCGAGGCCGCCGCCGGCACACGCCUCAACGCGCAUUCCCCGCUCCCUUUCUUUACCGGCUGCCACCUCCAUUUAUAUGCUCUCUUUGCUCCUCCUGAUUUCCCUCCCAAUUUGUUAACCCAAAGCACAGCCACAGCUACUACUACAGAGUGAGAGCAGAGUAAUACACGGAGGAAAGCAACGGCCGGGGCUAUAAAGCCGCCACCAAUCUCUGUCUCCUUCUGCUUCAAUCACUGGUUCCAGAUCUGGUGUUGUUCUGUGGCCAUGGCGAGAGAGGCGGCGCCGAGGAGGAGGCCAUCUCCGGCCAUGGCGAUGCGGUGGGCGCUGCUCGUCGCCAUGGCGGCGGCGGCGGGAGCAGAGGACCCGUACCGCUACUUCACCUGGAACGUGACCUACGGCCCCAUCAGCCCCCUCGGCACCACCCAGCAGGGCAUCCUGAUCAACGGGCAGUUCCCUGGGCCAACCAUCGAAUGCGUCACCAACGACAACCUCAUCGUCAACGUCUUCAACUACCUCGACGAGCCUUUCCUCAUCACAUGGAGCGGGAUCAAGCAGAGGAAGAACUCAUGGCAGGACGGCGUGGCGGGCACCAACUGCCCGAUCCCGGCCAACGGCGGGAACUACACCUACAAGUUCCAGGCCAAGGACCAGAUCGGCACCUUCAUUUACUUCCCUUCCCUCGCGCUCCACCGCGCCGCCGGUGGCUUCGGCGCCAUCAACAUCCGCCAGCGGCCCUCCAUCCCCGUCCCUUACCCACCGCCUGCAGCCGACUUCACCCUCCUCGUCGGCGACUGGUACUAUGCCGCCGGAGGUCAUGCCGAGCUCCAGCAGAGCCUUGAUUCUGGCGCGCCGCUCCCGUUCCCCGAUGCGGUGCUCAUCAAUGGCGUGCCCUCCGGCGCCACCUUCGCCGGCGACCAAGGGAACACAUACCUGCUCAGGGUGUCGAAUGUGGGGAUGAAGACGACGGUCAACGUGAGGAUCCAGGGCCAUUCUCUGAGGCUGGCGGAGGUGGAAGGCAUGCACCCGGUGCAGAACAUCUAUGACUCCCUCGACGUCCACGCCGGCCAGUCGGUGGCGUUCCUCGUCGACCUUGACCAGCCAGCCAUGGACUAUGCUGUCGUGGUGUCCACGCGCUUCAAUGCUGACGGCGCACCUCCGCUGGUGGCGGUCGGGACGCUGCACUACAAUGGCGCCACCGCCAGGGCCCCCGGCCUGCUCCCGGCGCCACCGCCGGAGGACAUUGAGUGGUCGAUGAACCAGGCGAGGUCCUUCCGGUGGAACCUGACGGCUAGCGCGGCGCGGCCCAACCCGCAGGGGUCGUUCCACUAUGGCACCAUCCCGACGUCGAGGACGCUGGUCUUCGCCGGCUCUGGGCUUGUUGUCGUCGCCGGGCAGAGGAGGUAUGCGGUGAAUGGCGUGUCGUUUGUCAUCCCCGACACGCCGUUGAAGCUCGUGGACAACUACAACAUUGCCGACGUGAUCGAGUGGGACAACGUCCCAGCAAGGCCAGAUGGCAGGGCGCCCCGGCAGGGGACGCCAGUGGUCAGGCUCAACUUGCAUGAGUUUAUCGAGGUCGUGUUCCAGAACACCGAGGAUGAAGUGCAGUCUUGGCAUCUUGAUGGAUAUGAUUUCUGGGUUGUCGGGUACGGCAAUGGCCAGUGGACCGAGAAUGAGCGGCCAAACUAUAACUUGGUCGACGCGCAAGCGAGACAUACAGUUCAGGUGUACCCGAACGGAUGGUCGGCAAUCUUGGUGUCGCUGGACAACCAAGGGAUGUGGAACCUGAGGUCCGCGAACUGGGACCGGCAGUACCUCGGCCAGCAGCUCUACCUGAGGGUCUGGACGGCAGAGCAGAGCUUCUCAAACGAGUACAGCAUCCCAACAAAUGCCAUACUCUGCGGAAGAGCUGCCAGCCUUCAACACUGAGGAAGAAGAAACAAGUCAAUACUACUAUAUAUACAGCUGAAAUGAAGAUGAUAAUUACGAUUUUCAGGAAAUAUGUACUCUAGCUAAAACUGAUGUGCCACUAUUCUUUCAUGAUUUCAGUAUUUCUCAUCUCCUUCUGUUUUUUGGCCUUUGGACAAGGCCUCAGGCUCCACCUCAAUGCUAUUCAAGUGUUCAGUGCUGUUGUUUUCUGAAAUGAAAUUAAUGUGUCUGGUAAUUUUCA